CCAGUCCUUUUAGUUAAUAAGUAAGGAGGAAGGUAGAAAUAAGGGAAGAGAUAAGAAAGAGAGGGAGAGAAAGAAGCAAAAACGUUAGUAUGAAAAUAGAGGAAAUUAUGUAAAAUUUUCUCUCGAGGGUGUGUCUCGCAUUUCCAUUCACCACAAGUUUGUUAAUAUCGUCCACCACUACUUGUCUUCGUAUUUAUGAGCCCCAAAAUACCAUUACACAAGAACAUAUACUGGUCCUUAAUUCCUUUCCCUUCCCUUCUGUUCUGUUCUGUUCUCUUCCCUUCCCUUCUCUUCCCUUCUCUUAUCUUCUCUCCUAUUCUCUCCCAUCUCUUAUAUUCCCUUCUCUUCUCGUCCGUUCUCUUCUCUUCUCGUCCGGUCUCUUCUCUUCUCUUCUCGUCCCUUCUCUUUUCACCUCUUCUUUUCUCUUUUCUUUAAUAUUUCAAGAUAAUCUAAGGAAAUACAGGCAAGGGUAAGUUAGGGGGCCUCUAAACACAUUCUUCCUUAGGGUAACUACACAUAACACUAAACCCGGCAAUGGUGAGGAAGAUGAAAAAGAGGGUCAGUAGUGAGAGACAGGAGGCGCAUGGCAAGGCAGGUGUGAGGUGGGUGCGCGUCUUGUGAGAGCAUGCGUGUGGAAGUGUCACGGGGAAGCGAAAUGCGGCACACAAAUCCCUAAGACUUUGCCGGCGUCCACUCUGCGCUUCGCCGCCCCAGCCGACGCGAGGCGCACUGACGCACCCACCGUGGACGCACCCUUCGCCCACGUCCUUAUUAGCGAGUGAAGUGUCACGGGACGCAAACUAAAACACACUCUAGAUAUUAAAUGAACGAGUGAAGAUAGUAAGAGUAACAGCACAUAGGCCAAGAGAAAGAAAGGAAGAAGGCGAGAAGGAGAAACAUUGACGCAUAAGAUGAAGUGAGGCUGAAUGAUGCUGCGGAACGACUGACACCACUACUACUACUACUACUACUACUACUACUACUACAGUGUUACCAAGGAGCCAUGCAGAGGUCAGCCCAACGUUACCAGUGUCCCCCUUUCGAUCGGUGGUUGGGAUCUUGGGUUCUCCUUCUGCUGGUGCUACUGACGAAGGGAACAACGGCACAGCUAACCAUAAUCAGCACCAUCGACGAGUCCCUGCCGGAGAGCGUGGCGUGGCUGGAGGAUGCGGUGAGGCAGGGGGAGUCCACCAGCGGCCUCACUAUCAACCAGGAGGUGAUCUUGAUGUCUCUGGACAAAGAGGAGGAGAACCAGCAACAGUUCUGCUCGGCGCUGUUCCCCGGGGCGGCGCUGGUGCUGGACGUGACGGCGGGCGGUUGGACCUUCGCCCGAGACACUGCGGCGGCCCACGGUGUACCUUACGUGCGGGUGCAGGCGUCCAACCACCAGUGGAUGGCUGCAACGGACCACCUGCUCAUGAGUCGGAAUGCCACUGAUGCCGCGCUCAUCUUUGGCUCAGAGGCAGCGCUGGACCAGGCUCUCUACUACCUGGUGGAGGGCUCCGUGGUGCGCGUGAUCGUCCUGCCGGGCAUAGACGAGAAGACGACCGCCACACUCAAGAAGAUGCGACCCGCCCCUUCCUAUUACGUGAUCCAGGCCGCCUUCAAUCAGCUGACGACCCUCUUCUCAAUGGCGGUGUCGAAGAAGUUGGUGACCAGAGACUCCCGCUGGACGCUGGUGGCCAUGGACUACAGCGAGAAGGAGUUCGACCGGAACUUGCUGGCGAACACCUCGGGAAUCACGCUUAUGAGGCCCGACAAGGAGGUCUGCUGCACCGCUACCAAAACUCAGUCCUUCUGCAACUGUGACGGGCUCAUGAUACCCAAGGCCCUGAUCCUCAACUCCAUGCUCUCCCUGGUUAGUGUUCUCAAAGCCCAGGGACAACAGAACGUGGCCGGUCAGUGCGACAGCCCACCCGACGCCGCGCCCUCCACCGCCAGUUUCUACACCGCCCUGCAGAAGGAGCUUGACAAGUGGCCGGGGAUGUCGUGGCGCAUGGACAAGCUACAGAUGGAGCCCAAGCUGGCGUUUAACAUAGAGGCGAUCAACAGCACGGCGAAGCAGGUGGUGGGCAGCUGGAGCACCGAGGGCCAGCUGAGCCUCAACCCCGACUACGAGCACUCCCCCAUCAAGCGGUUCUUCAGGAUUGGCACUGUGCUGUCUCGGCCGUGGGUGAGCCCGAAGAAGAUGUCAAAGGAGGGAAAAGGAGGAGCAGGGAAAGACGAGUGGGUGCCCACCAACGACCCCAACGACUACAUGGGUUACUGCGUCGACCUGGCAGAACGUCUGGCGUUCGAGAUGAAGUUCGACUACGACUUCGUGUUCCCUGAGGACGGCCAGUACGGUGUGAGGCAGCAGAACGGCUCUUGGAACGGCCUCGUCGGGGACCUCUCCAACGGGGUGACGGACAUCAUCGUGGGCCCGCUCACCAUGACCUCAGAGCGGGAGGAGGUGAUUGACUUCGUGGCGCCCUACUUCGACCAGUCCGGCAUCUCCAUCGUGAUCAGGAAGCGACAGCGGGAGGAGUCACUGUUCAAGUUCAUGACGGUGCUGCGGGCCGAGGUGUGGGUGUCCAUCGUGGCGGCGCUGGUGGUCACGGGCGUCAUGAUCUGGCUGCUGGACCGCUACUCGCCUUACUCGGCCCAGAACAACGCCGCUCUCUACCCCACGAACUGCAGGAAGUUCACGCUGAAGGAGAGUUUCUGGUUCGCCCUGACUUCGUUCACACCGCAGGGGGGAGGGGAGGCGCCCAAGGCUCUGAGUGGGCGCACGCUGGUGGCCGCCUACUGGCUCUUCGUGGUCCUCAUGCUCGCCACCUUCACCGCUAACCUGGCCGCCUUCCUCACCGUGGAGCGCAUGCAGUCGCCGGUGCAGUCCCUGGAGGCCCUGGCGCGUCAGGCCAAGAUUAACUUCACCACCGUCAAGAGCUCGUCCACCUUUGAGUACUUCGACAACAUGGCCAAAGCAGAGGACGACCUGUUCAGGGUGUGGAAGGAACUGACCUUGAACAGCACGAGUGACCAGAGCAAGUACCGCGUGUGGGACUACCCGAUCAAGGAGCAGUACACACACAUCCUGCAGGUCAUCGUGGACUCCAAACCUGUGCUGCACGCCGAGGAGGGCUUCCGCAGGGUGCUGGAGAACGAGAAGGGGGAGUUUGCCUUCAUCCACGACGCGUCAGAGAUCCGCUACGAGGUGUUCCAGGACUGUCUGCUCACCGAGGUCGGGGAGCCGUUCGCCGAGCAGCCGUACGCCAUCGCGGUGCAGCAGGGCAGCCACCUCCAGGACGAGAUAAGCCGCGCGAUCUUGGAGCUGCAGAAGGACCGUUACUUCGAGGCUCUGUCGGCCAAGUUUUGGAACACGACGGAGCGCGGGUCCUGCCCCAACGACAGCGACUCGGAGGGCAUCACGCUGCAGAGUCUCGGCGGGGUGUUCAUCGCCACGCUCAUCGGCCUGGCGCUGGCCAUGGUAGCGCUUGCGGCGGAAGUUCUGUACUACAAGCGCGGCAAGAACUCCCUCGUGUCGGACGUGACCUCGAAGAAAGCACUCCAGAUGAUCCCGGAGAAGAGCCACGUGUCCCGCAUCAACGUGACGCCCGUGUUCUGAACCCAGGCGGCCCGUGUUAAGAGGUCCCGUGUAGCGAAGGUUGUAACUGGAUACUUUGUAGCGAUUGUGAGUCGAUGUACUUGCGUUGUUGAUUCAUUUUCUUAAUUUUUGAGAGGCUGCCCGUGAAGUGAAGACAGUCUGAAUCAAGGCUGCCCGUGUUAGGAGGUCCCUUGUAGUGGGGACAGCCCAGCCAUGUAGUGCAGAGUGUAAAGGUCAACUAAUAAACAGUGUCAUUAGUCCGUGCAGUCAGACCAGUGUUCUUCAAACUUUUCUUACGGUGACCCAGUUUUAUUCUGAAGCAUGAGCCUCACGACCCAUGCUGGGGCCCCUUGGCUGGGAGCUGUUCUGGCUCUCUCGGUGAAGGAGUGGCGCCCCAGUGAGAAGCUUCGAGGCCCGCAUCGGGGCGCGACCUGCACUUUGAAGAACCCUGGUCAGGACGUGUAGCCGAAUAGAACAGUCAGUAAGAACCGAGCACUUAUGGGCAUGUGGUUCCUAUAUCCGUGUACUCUUGCAGAGAUAACUAACAAGUAGACGUUUGUGUCCUGACUAAAGGCUGGCUGUGUAAUAGCGACAAAGUAUAGCCGCGUAGCACAGACUGUAAAGACCAGUUAACAAGGGCAGUGUAGUACUCAAGCCUGUAUACUCGUAGCCAUGUAGCAGUAACUCCCAAGUAUAGCAACACAUGUAUAGUAAUCACAACAGUGGCGUAGUUACGGGGGACCCUGCAAGGGGCCAAGCCACCCAGGGAAAAAAAAUGGAUCUUCCUCAUGGGCCUUCAAUGAAAUUAUGUGAAAAGACUGCUAUGUAAUUUGCCACUUGGAUCAUUCUUUAUAGGUAUUGCAUAGGACAGCCAGUAGAUACCUUUACCAGCAUGGUCUCCCUCAUAAGCACACCCCUAGUUAGGCCACCGGGUAACAGCGUAUGUCAAAAGCAUUUAUAUUGUACUAUUGGCACUAUAGUGUGGCUCUCUAGUGUAGCUCAUAAUGCAUAGCACGAAGCGUGUGCAGAGGCUAGGGAGGAGUCUGCCUUCCUGAGGGCUGGCACACGACGGCUCUGUGCCCUGCAGGUCAUCACCUCGCCGCGGCUAAAAGAGACGCACCCUUGCAAGCUGUGGCGCGAGCGAUGCGACAACACAGAAAGUUAUGGAGCCACCUCUGUGAUAUCAAGGACCAAUGUUGAAUACACAAAGAAAGGCUCGCCUGUGUUUCCUUUGCCUGUACUAAGAAGGGCAAUAUCACCUCUCCGGACGUUAGCAAAUAAUUA